UGAUGGAGGAGGAAGUCAUACUAAUGUCUUCUAAUUCUAAUUCCAAUUCCAAUUCUUCUUGUUCAGAAGGGUCAGAGGAUGAUGACCUUGUUAAAGAGCUUUUAGAUGAUGCCACUCCUCUUCUUCUUCCGCCUUCGGACCACUACAACACAAUAAUAAGGCCGCCGCCUUCUGACGAUGACGCCAUUAACAGCUUCAUAUCCAACAUUUACUCAGGUCCUACAAUCUCAGACUUUGAAAAUGCUUUGUCAGUGAUCAAUAAUAGUAACAACCACCAAAGCGAUCAGCAUUUGGAACACCUCUCAUCAGCAAGGGUUUCCAUAUUGGAAAGGGGUUUGAGUAAAAUUGAGAACAAGUAUACGCUCAAAUUCAAGUGCUUUGGCAAUGGGAUGGGUGAUGAUGGAUAUAAAUGGAGGAAGUAUGGUCAAAAAUCUAUUAAGAAUAGCCCAAAUCCUAGGAGCUACUAUAGAUGCACGAAUCCAAGGUGCAGUGCAAAGAAGCAAGUUGAGAGAUCCAAUGAGGACCCAGACACACUUAUCAUCACUUACGAAGGUCUUCACUUGCACUUUGCCUACCCUCAUUUUCUCACAGGACAACCACACCAAUCGCAAUCAGAUCCUCCAAUCAAGAAGCCCAAGCCCAUGCCUACAGCUUCACCAGAAAAUAAAGCCCAAGAAAUUCUAGAAGCCAAGGAUGUCCAAGCCAACCCUACUUUGGGCUUAAUUCAAACAACUUUAACUGACUCCCAAGAAGAUAUGGCCAAUGUUAAUUUGGGCUCACAAGGCCUGCUUGAAGAUAUGGUGCCAUUCAUGGUUAGGAACCCCCAUAACAAUGGCAAUAGCACUAACUCACUUUUUUCUUGUUCUUCUCAACCAACUACACCUCCUUCGCUGUGGUUUCCAAAUUAUUCAACGUCCUGUCAUACCGUUGGCUUGAAUUUUAGCAAUUAGUGUAUAAAUAUGUAAAGGGUUUAGAAAUUGAAGCAAAUUAUAUCGGGUGGUUAUAUUUUUUCUAUUUAUGUGAAUUUAAUAAUAUAUAAGGUAAGGUAACAGGGCAAUUUGGAGUCAUGAUGGUGAAAGAAGGAAAGAAAGUGUUUUUUAUUUCUACUUUGGAUAGGGGGAGGGGUGUUUAUUCUUUUAGUUUAUAUCAUAAGGAAAAAGGU